GCAAACUGCGGCGGACCUGCCUGUCUGUCUGUCUGUCUGUCUGUCUGUCUGUCUGUCUGUCUGUCUGCCUGCCUGUCUGUCUGUCUGUCUGUCUGUCUGUCUGCCUGCCUGCCUGUCUGUCUGCCUUUCUGUCUGUCGUCCAGUCCGCUGUCCGAGAGGCGCACGGAGCAGCGCUAGAAGCCCGCCGACAACAUGAGCGUGGAGCGGAUAUUUGAUGAGCUCGGACACUUCAAGAGGUUCCAGGCGUGUCUGUACUUCGCAGCGGUCUUCCAGGCCAUCGCGUGUGGGAUCCACUAUCUCGCCUCGGUGUUUCUCGUCGAGACCCCCAACUUUGUGUGCGGUGCGCCCGCCAACAUCACCGACGUCCUAUACGGUAACGUCUCGGGAACCGCUCUAGAAGACGUCCUACCCUCCUUCAAUGAUGCCUACAGCUACCUGGCGGUCAAGACCUCCACGGGGGACCAAUGGGAACUCGGCCGGUGCCAGAGCGCAUUGCGCGUCAACCCCACGGACUUCCUUAGCUAUGAAUUCGAUGGCGACAAAACGACGAUAGUCUGCGAGCAGAAGUUCGUCUUCGACCACAGCCAGGUAAUACAAAGCAUCGUGACCGACUGGAACCUGGUGUGUGAUGAGGAAUGGCUGGCCCAGCUGUGCCAGCCCACCUUCAUGAUCGGCGUGAUGAUCGGCGCGCUCGUGUUUGGGGAUAUCGCCGAUAGGGUCGGCCGUGUAAAGAUUCUCAUGGUCACCAGCUCGUGCCAGUUUGUGUUAGGGGUGCUGGUUGCAUUCUCCCCAAACUACUACUGGUUCCUAGCCAUUCGCUUCGUCCUUGCCAUGGUGUCCAGUGGCUACCUGGUGGUGGUGUUUGUCUACGUGACCGAGUUCACCGGCACCAAGGUGCGCACGUGGACCUCCAUGCACGUGCACGCCGCCUUCGCCGUGGGCAUCAUGGUGGUGUCGCUGAUCGGCUACCUGGUGCGCACGUGGUGGAUCUACCAGAUCGUCCUCUCCCUCGUCACCUCGCCCUUCCUCUUCUUCUGCUGGAAGUUCCCCGAGACGCCCUUCUACCUCAUGGCCAAGGGCCGCCUGCGAGAGGCCCAGGCUCUGCUGGAGCGCAUCGCCAGCACCAACGGCCUGGAGUGCCGGCUGAGGGCGGAGGACCUCCUGGAGCCCGAGGACAAGGGCGCCAGCGACCUGCUGGAGAAGAGGGACGGCGGGGAGAAGCAGGAGGAAGGGCAGAAGGAGGCAGAGGAGAAGGAGGGAGAGGAGGGGCAGGCCAAGGCAGCGGAGAAGAAGCUGUCCAUCCUGGAUCUGUUUGGCAGCUGGAGGAUGGCGGGCCGAACCAUCAUCGUGUGGGCCAUCUGGUUCAUCGGCAGCCUGGGAUACUACGUCUUCUCCCUGGGCUCCGUCAACCUGGGGGGCAACCAGUACCUCAAUCUCUUCCUCGCCGGGGCCGUGGAGAUCCCGUCGUACCUGGUGGGGAGCUACGCCAUGGACCGCGUGGGCAGGAAGAAGACCUGCGCCCCAGGCCUGAUUCUGGCCGGGGUAGCCUGCAUGCUCAUGAUCGUAGUCCCUUCUGACAUCCAUUGGCUGGUGACCUUACUCAGUAUGAUCGGGAAGUUUUCCAUCGCCAUCGCCUUUGGUCUGAUUUACCUGUACACCUGUGAGCUUUACCCGACCAUCAUCAGGUCCCUGGCUGUGGGGAGCGGCAGCAUGAUGUGUCGUGUGGGCAGUGUGGUGGCCCCCUACUGCGUCUACCUGGCGGACUACUGGAUCCACCUUCCUCAGUUGAUAGUGGGAAUCCUGGCAUUCAUCUUUGGUGUGUUGACACUGAUGUUGCCCGAGACCCUUGGCCAGCCACUUACCACCAGCCUGGAGGAGGCUCAGAACCUGGGGGUCAACGCCAAGAAGAAGAGCUCACCUAAGGACAGCAAAGACCCUGAGAAUGGGCUGGAGAUGGCGCAGCAGCGUCUCUAGGACGGGGGUCUGGGCCAAACACACACACAGGGACAGACUUAUGGAGCAUAACUAAAUAAAAAGGGAAAGGUUUGAUACAUUUUGACCCUUGUCAAAAACUAAAGACAGGGAAAUUAUGUACUUCUUUACUUUUGAUACUUGUAUGUUUUAAUCCAGUUAGAUACUAACAUUUGAUCUGAGCUACUUUAUGACUCUACUCUUGUGAUUUUGUGACGGUUUACUUACUUUUAGCAGUCAUCUUCAACAAAGCUAUCUGUACUUUUUAGUCAAGUAUAAUUUUCUCAUACUUUGUACAUCACUGUGUAUCUAUAUCAUAUUCUAUAUAUUACAUCAAAUAAUUUAAUGAUAAUAAUUGUUUUCGUCUCAGGGAAUUCUCUUUGAAAUCACUGUGAAAACCAUUCGCUAUAGCCUCAUAAAUCUGUAAAUUUCCCCUUUGUGUGUGUGUCUACAUAUGUGUGUUUCUGCAUGUGUGUGUUUGUGUGUAUGCGCAUGCCUCUGUGACAUUGUACAAGAAAACAAGCUAAGUCUUGAGGCUAGCUCUAAAUUAAUACUGUUCCUUAUGAGCAAUUCAGGUGCUAGAGCUUAGCUUAGUUAAGUUUCAGAUUUGCGAUAGUCUUUGAUGUUUUGGACCAAAGACAAAAAAGGGCAUUUCUCAAGAGGCUUAUUUAAAGUGUUUUUUGAAAAGACCUGGUAACACCACAAGAGACAAUUGCAACACAUAUGUACUAAUAAGUAUGAUGAAGUAUUUACAUUGACAGCCCAAAGGCCAAUAAUUGACUUAUGGUUUUUAUUGUUUGUACAGAUAUAUUGACCGGUAGUAUUAUUAUUUUUUAAUUAUAGGAAUUAUUAAGACAGUUUACAUUGUUUCUUAUGAGGACCUAUAGUAUUAACGAUACUCUGUAUGAACAUUCAUGUUCAUAUUUGAUCAUGGCAGGAACAUUGUUAUAACAUAAUUUUGUUCAUUUCAACAACUUUGUGAAAAAAAUAAAAAAAACAAUAUAGCCUGG